AUGGGGUCUCUGAACACCAUGCCUGCUUAUAUGAAUCCCUACUGUAUUGAGGAUUCUACUUCUGGAACUUUUCCCUUGUUUCCGCUGCAACAAUUGAAGCCAAGCGAAUUGAACGACUAUCCUAAUUGGUUUCACUGUCUGUCUCGUUUCCAUCAGGCCUAUGCUCAUGUACCAAACUCUCUGUCCAGAAAGGAACUCCCAGUGGGCCCAAUUGAAAAUUUGGGACAAAAAGGAUGUCCUGACAUGGGUACUGCAUGUAUCCAGAAGAAAUUUCUCGUUUUUGAUCAAUCUGGUGAUAAAACUACCUUGCUGUACAGUUCUGGAGCCAAGACUCCAGUUCAGUGUGCGACUUCUUGGAGGCCAAAGCUUGCCGCCACUCUUAAUUUGGACAAGGAAGAGCCAAGGGAUAUCACAUCUCCACUGGGGCCAAUUUUCAAGGAUGAAUGCAUUGAAUACAAAUAUGGAAAUGAUUUGGAAAGUGAGAUGCAUGAAGACACCGAAGAACUGAAUGCUCUUCUCUGCUCUGAUAGUGACAGUGAGUGUUCCGAGGAUGAUGAAGAGGCAAGCACAGGCCAUUCACCUAGCACUAUGACUGAUAAUAAUAUUCAGGAGAUGGUCGAGGAAAAGAGUGACAGAGGUUCUAAUUCUGUCGUGCCAGCGAAAAGGCAGAAAUUGCUUGAUUUAGGUUAUGUUGUACCGUCUCUUGUGCAUUCUUCGAGAUCUUUGAAAACUCAUACAUGCUCCGAGUUGGAGGAUGAUGCAGAAUCCAGUUGUGGCAACGGAAAUAAUCAAGAAUUGAAAAAAUUAUGUUCCUUAUCUGCUAGAAAAAGGUCAAGGAUAGAGAGCAUGCACGAAACCGUGAACAUUCUGCAGGGUAUAAUUCCCGGUGGCAAGGGAAAGAAUGCAAUUGGUGUUAUUGAUGAAGCAAUCGAUUACUUGAGAUCCUUGAAGGUCAAAGCCAGAGAUUUAGGUCUUGACACACUAUGA